AUGGAGGAUCGCGAGUCCAGCGCAGUGUCGUCGGUCGACUUCUACGCCCCGGACCCUACGCCCUCAGCGUCGUCGCCCGCACACGCGUCGUCGUCGUCGUCGGCGGCGCCGGCGCCAGCCCACAGUGACGCUGCGCCGCCGCCGCCGCCGCCGCUGGCAAAGCGCAAGGCCGAGCAUGCUCCUCCCGCCGACGCCCAUGAUGCCCAUCACGACCCCAAGCGCUCCCGUCGCGCCUCGUCGCCGCUGCCCAGCUGCGCCCGCCUGCCGCCCGAGCUGUGGCAGCACGUCUUCUCCUUUUGUCCGCUCGCUGAUCUCGGUCGAUUGAUGCAGGUCAAUCGAUCUUUUCAUUGCUAUCUCACAGACGUGCGCGCCGCCUCGACUUGUAAGUCGCGCGCCGCCCGUCUGCCUCUCCUAAAGUCUGAAUCAUUGUGGGCCUCUGCCCGCAAUGCCCUGUGUACAAAGCCCCCCAAGCCGCUGCCCGGCUUCAGCGAGCGCCGCAUGUGGCAGCUGGCCUGGUCCAGGACGUGCCAGUUCUGCCACCGCCAACCCUCUCAACCCGCUCACUCUCCAGCCGACCGCAUCUGGCAAAAGGGCCCUGGCCGCCACGGCGUGCGCGUCAUCUGGCCCUUUGCCAUCCGCGCCUGCGGGCCGUGUCUGCUCCAGCGCUGCCAGACGGACGCGAGCCUCCUCUUCUCGGCCGCCUCGGCCUUGCGCCCGGCCCUCCCCUUCGCCCUCCUCACCAACCAUCAGCACUACGUCCCCGCCCACCUGCUGCACUCGGCCACACCGCCGCCCGACGUCGAAAUCGCAAAGUACUACUACAAGCCGCACGUCGACGACAUCACCCGCGAGCUCAAUGACGCCCUCAGCCGCGGCCCAGCCGCCGCCGAGGAAUGGUCCAAGGGCCUCGACGCCAGGGGCAAAGAGCGCAUCAAAGCCGCCGAGAACUGGGAGCGCUGGGAGGCCAGACACCAGGCCAUGGAAGAACAAUCGGCGUCUGGCGCAAAGCGUGCUGUAUCGGCUGCUCCCUCGCACGCCGCCACGUCACACAACAAGGAUGCGUCCAAGUCCCCCCCACCCCGAGCCCUCUCUCCUAUAAUUCAUGCCCCAGUUCCAGCAAGUAAGUGUGCUUCUGCUGUCUCAUUUGCCGCCACUCAUGGCGACACGUCUCGACGUCUUGACAACACCCCUCCAGUUCGCAACCUAACAGCGGUAGCACCACCAUCCCAACUCGCCCAAGCGCGGCCCCCCACCGUCCCACCCCAGGCCUUCACGCCUUCGGGACAGCGCAAUCUGCAUGAUGCAAACGAGGCCAAGGCGACUCGCAAAACCGACAUUGAGCGCCGCUGCCAGCAAAUGGACCCUCCCAUUGCCCCCAACAUCUUGCGCCACAUGGAUUCCUUCAAGGCGGCCAUCCAGAUUUCGCAGCCAAUGAACGACUAUGCCUGGAGUGUGCUCCAGCCCCGCUUGAUUGCCCAACUGCCUGCGGCCCAACAAGCAGAAGCUGACCACGUGGCUCGCGCUGCCUCUCUUCCCACAAAGUCGCUGGACCGUCGCCAUCUCGAUGCCAACUCCAAAGAGGCCAGGGAGGCCAUGGAUCGCGAGUGGGAAGAAACACAGCGCCCCAUCCGCGACCGGCUCGAUGCUAUUGCCGACGACUUUAUCAAUCGCGCGUGGGAUCACGGCCAGGCCGUUACUUACGAGAACAGUCCCAAGUUUGCAGCCGACCUGCUUGCCCAUGUGCGGCACACGUUUUACACCCAAAAGACUGAAAACGACGCUGCUCGUCUGGCGCAGAGAGAGCCGCCUUCCGCUGACCAUGCAGAUUCGCGGCCAAAGCUCGUUCUCGACAACAUGAAGUGGGUCUACGACAACAAAAUCAAGCCUCUAACAGAACAGUUCCGCAAGGAAAUCUUCCUCUGCUAUGGCAAUGGCUGCGAACACAACAACAAGUAUUAUGGCUUUGAAGGCGUCGUGCAGCACUAUGGAGCCAAGCACACGGCCGCCUUUAGCUCGGGAAACGUCGUGGUAGCAUGGAGAGAAGCCGAAUGGCCCGAGGAGCCACCCUUCCAUCCCGACCCCAUGUCCGUCAAAGUACCGCUUCUCAGCCAUCACUCGGCUGGCAACACAGGUGGGUAUGGCGGCUACUACGGUGGAUACUCACGCGCGGGUACGGCAACCCCACACAUGCCAACUCACCUGCCACAAGCGAGUCCGGGGCCUUACAAUUACGGAAAUCAGUACGCAGGUCCAUUUGCGCCACCGCAGAUGCCUCCCGGCUCAAUGACUGGAUUGGAGUAUUCACAGCCGUAUGCUGCCUCUGUGGACAUGUACGCACACCAGGCAAUGGGCCCUCCAGGAUACGCUGCCCAUACAGCCCAGAACCCUUACUUGACGUCUCCAGCCAUGAUCAACAAUGCCAUAGCGCCACCACCCCCACCACCUCCCAGUAUGCCUCCGCCCGGUCAUGGAAUCCCUGAGACUGCUGCCCACGGUACAGAGGAUGCUGGCCAGAGUACUAGCUCGUUUGACAAGCAAGUAAGUACCGUCAUCGACAUGACACAGGACAUGUGGAAGCGUACCUCUGGAAUCAAGGACAUGCCAAAUAGUCUCCGAGUCUACGUGCUGCUGCAUCGCGUCAUCUCCAAGUUUCAUGUAGAGUUCAACCACGAACCAAACCUGAACCACUUCAUCGAUGCUCUGUCUAAUCACGAGGUGCCCAAAGCAUUGAAAAAUGCGCCAGGGCUCUCGUGCAAAGCCUGCCAGAUUGGAUCUGCACAUCACCUGACCGGUUCUUACUACUCAAAGUCAGAAGAGAGGACAACGUAUACUGUCCUAGGCCUCAUGUCACACUUCCGCGCCCAGCACCAGCCGUAUCAGCAACAGAUUCCUGGCCAUGGCAUUCCAGUCGCCAGACUCGACUGGAAGGAGAACAUGAUCGAGCUUCCCAGUGAGCGCUUCAUUUCCGGACUGAUCCACGCCCCCGGCAUGGAUGACGAGAAACUGCUAAUGAUUGCGACGGUUUUUCCAAGCCUCUUUCCCAUGCCGCUGCCCAAGAUUGACGUGAUGAAUAGCCACGGAUUGGCCUCGCCUGCUUCUUCUGGCCCCAAGGACACGGACAAGAUUUCUGCUGCCAUGGAUGCUCCGGGCGAGACCGGGGAGCCCUCCGCUUCUUCCCUCAUGGCUGCCGUGGAGGCGAACACGUCGUUGCCAGCAAAACCACCGGACGCUGCAGGCGAGGUAAAUGACGCACCCACGUCUAUGAACGGGAAACGGUUCUACAGGGAUAGCCCGCCUACAGAGCGCAGGCAGCACCAUUAUGCAGAGCCUCGGUACUACAUGCCAAGAGAGCUAGACGACGGAUACCACCGUCCACGCGAAUACGUCGAGUAUGCUCCAAGUCCAAGGAUCAUCCAUGCAGGCCCUGCAUACGACGACUAUACCGGCCGACGCACAGCAUUCCGGGAGCAAGAGCGAUACUAUGGACCGCCAGAAGACAUUGUCUACGCGCACCCGCGUGAGGGAAGUCACGGGAGCCGCGAGUAUAGUGCUUACCCGCGUCCGGUCCGAUACUACGAAGAAGACGACUAUCGAUCCGAGUACCGCUAUGUGAACGAGCGACCACUACGGGACACCAGCACACCGCAAGGGCAGUCCGCAGCGGACAAGUUCUUGGCGGAGAACGAACCCCCCCAGCCCCCGCCACCACCGCAGCCAGAUAACGAGCCUCCUGCGCCAACAAAGGAAAAUGACGAAGGGUCUCGUUACACGCCCCCACCUUCAGACGCUCCUGCACCGGCCGAAGCAAAUGCUCCAAUUCGCCCGCUAGGCCCACCGCAUCCUAGAGCACCGUCUACUGUUUCCAACAGCUCUAGGUAUGACGACUAUCAACCCAAUGGGCAUCGUCCACCCAUGGCUGGGCCGAGCGGACCACCACGAAGACCUGGGCCCCACCGCCGCAGAGAUCGACCCUAUGAACACCGAGGGCAAUCUCGCUACCAGCGGUACAUGAGCGUCGCCCGCGAGGACCCAUAUGGUCGUGGGUCUAGCAUGAGCCGAUCUCAGAGCAGGAGAUAUGAAGAGCAACGUCGCCGUAUCGACCAGCAGGAGACGCCACAACCCAAUGCUGAACAUGACUACGAGGCGGGCUACUCAAGGGAACAGAGCGUCGACCAAUACCCGCAAGAUGAUGGUUAUUAUGCACACUCGCGCCGCCAUCCGCGCGGCUAUGUGUCGGUGCAAGAUCGCAUGCAGCCACACAUGCGUGCGUACUCACCACCACCACCACGAUAUCGGUAUGAUGAGCCUCGUGGACCGCAACCUGUGUACGUCGAUGAGUACGGCCACCCCAUACAUGAGUAUGAAGUCAUCCGUGUGCGGGGCGAUCCCAGGCACCGCGGCCCGUACAUGCCCCAACCUCACCGCUUCGAACCAGAGCCUUAUGGGGGGUACAUGUCAGUUGAAUACGAGAGGCCGCCUCCACAGAGACACAACAGCCGUCCUGAGGAGUACAUGUAUUACGAGGAGCGAGAGAGGCCUGUGCACAGGAGACCGGCACUGGAAGCCGAAAACGAUGUAUACGAGCCUCCACCAGAGAUCAAGGUCGAAAGCGUACCUAUUCCUAUGCCACCGGAGGCCCCCUAGCUGCCCUCGGCAUAGCUUGGAGAAUGUGCUGAAGUUUCAAUCUAUUUCGAUUCCUAUCGCGGUUUAAGUCUUUGCAUAGCCAGGUGUCCUGGACAUGUGUAGGCUACGAUUGCUGUUUUGUCUGGGAGGUGUCAUGUGUUCUUUUUUGGGUUGUAACGACGGAAUAAUGAUUAUCUUCUUCCUCUCUGAUCUAUAGUAGAGUAAUGUUGCUUAUCCAAAUGGAACUUUCUUCGUCGUGGGUAGACGAUAUCAC